CCGCCGCCCGGCGUGUCACGGCGGACGACAGAGCCGUGCGGCGGCGUCUUUUUGCUGCGUCGGAUUAUCGGCGCCUGACCUCAGGCGAGACUCGGUAUAAAACCGCGCCGGUGGCGGCACCGUCUGUAAAAAUAAGCGACGUCCGCAGGCAGCUAGCACGCAACGCCGCGACAGCUCCGUACGCACGCAAGAUGUUACGAAUCGCAAAGUCGCUGCCGCUGCUGCUGCUGGCGUCGUGGGCGUCGGCCGCUCCGGCCGUCGUCUCGGCGCCCCUGUCGAUGACGGCGCCGGCGUCCUCGUCUUCGGACGAGUCCGAGCUGGCACCGUCGCCGUGCAAGACCUACUGGACGUACACCGGCUCGAAGGCGGACUGCCGGGCCGCCGGGCUGACCGAGCUGCCGGCUUCGCUGGACCCGGCGGCGCAGCAGCUCGACCUGUCCGACAACAACCUGACGGCGCUGCGCAACGGCUCGCUGGCGGCGCUGGGGCUGUCGGCGCUCGAGCUGCUCGACGCGGGCGCCAACGCGCUGGCCGGCGUCGAGCCGGACGCGUUCCGCGGGCUGCGCCUGCUGCGCACCGUGCGCCUCAGCGACAACCGGCUGCGCACGCUGCACGCCGACACGUUCGCGCACAACCCGCGCCUGCAGGAGCUCUUCCUGGACGGCAACCCGCUGGCGGCGCUGCCCGCCGACGGCGCCUGGCUGCGCGCGCCGCUGCUGCUCGUGCUCGACGCGUCGCGCUGCGGCCUGGCCGCGCUGCCGCGCCGCGCGCUCGCCGCGCUGCCGCACCUGCGCGCGCUCUACCUCGCGCGCAACAGGCUGCGCGCGCUGCCCUCCGCGCCCGGCGCCUUCGCCGCCUCGUCGGCGCUGCUCUUCCUCGACCUGUCGGCCAACCGGCUGCGCGACCUGCCCGCCGGCGCCUUCUCCGGGCUGGGCGCGCUGCGCAGGCUCGACCUGCAGGACAACGAGCUGCGCGCGCCGCCCGCCGCCGCCUUCGCGCCUCUGCGCUCGCUGGCGCGCCUCGAGCUGGGAGGCAACCCGCUGGCGUGCGACUGCGCGCUCUACCCGCUGCGCUCCUGGGCCGCCGCGCGCAACCUGUCCGUGCGUGCGCACUGCGCAGCCACCGGCGCCGCCUGGUCGCUGCUCGACAACCUAGACUGUCCGGCCUGAGUCGCCGCCGCUCCACGUCCGUCCGGCAGCAGCUCCCGGCGGCUACUCACCCGAGCGGUGCCCCACUUUCCUUUCGCCCACGCCCCUCAUCUUUCAUCCGUUCCAUUUCGAGCACUGUGCGAACAGUUUCCAUUACAGUGCAACUCGUUACUCUCGCUCUACUUGAUGCUCCUAGCCGACAUCGCCCUCUAACACUCUGUAGCUCAUUUCUGUACCACAUUCCGGCCCGUACCACUCGUUCGCAUAUUUCCCCGGUGGCGGUUCCUGACGCUUAUUCGAUUGCCUCACUUUCCUCUUUAUUUCUUUUCUUGACCUUCAGUCUUCCGUUUCUAUCAUUCAAAUGGUUCCCAUUAGAAUGUCGUUCAUUGCUCAGUCUACUGUGCAUUGAACCCGUUAUGAUUUCUCACAAAGGUGCUACCCUCACAAACUUCACAACCUUUAUUCCUACAAAAAAUAGAACAUAUUCUUCCGUCGUACUUACAUUUGCCCGACGUUUUCUCCAAAAGUAAUACGAAAGCACUGUCUACUUCUGUUUAUGUCUGGUUCUUCCAUCCCUUUAAGUUCAUGCACCUUGAAAUUUCUAUAGAAUUGUCAGAGACUUACCUCUGAAUGUGUACCCUGCGUACAGAGACAAAAGGUUAGUGAAUAGUUUUAAGUAGUGACUACAGCCUCUCCACCUGGAAGUACUAACAGAAGAAUCAAUAAUUCUCCAAAUGCCAGUUUUUCUUCUUCUGUGCUCAAGUAGCAUUAAUAGCAUUUGUCCAGCCACUUCUUUACAGUUGCGCUCCUCUCAAUUUCACUACCAUCCUUAUUUUAUCAGCGCAGUUCUUGUCACAGUUUAUGAGAUUCAUCAGUAUUUAAUGCAUGUUUCGUGAACAAUGUCAAAAAUUACUUGUACGUACUGUUCAAAACACGAUUGUACAUGUUAAUUUCUCUAUUAAUAUUACCUAAUGAUUCAAUCUCUAACCCAAACUAUGACACAAACAUUAGUGUACUCACUAAAUUGUGUCUGGGUAGCCAUUUAAUUGUUACUAAAGUUAAAUAUUUAGUGUAAUCAAUCUCUUCAUAUCCAUCUCUCAGUCAGUAAUGAGUAAAUUAAAUUUCAUAUACAUAUGUUACAACAACAGUGGUAUGUACUCUUCUACUGUCUAUAUUUUGCUGUCACACUGCUGGGAAUAUUGCAAGUGUCCUUGAGUGGCAAAUGUUGCUUAUAUGGUUCAUAUUCUCUUCCUUACAUUAUCCACACCUCCUGUCCACAAGCUUCCUUCCCUUGCCCUUCCUAUUCUGCUUCUAUCCUUGAGUAAAGAAUUCUCACAGCAUUUAGUUUUAUCAUAUCCAUUUAGCUAUUCUUUCAUAUUGUAAAUACGUUUAUCAUACUACGAUCAUUUUUCAUUUAUUUCAGCAAAGAAAAUCGUUCACUUUGAUAUGUGGAAGACUGUCUUCCUCACUCAUUACUUUUCCAAAGCAUAUUUUCAAUCAUGACUGAUGAUACCAUUGUACAAUGAACUACACAGACGACACAAGUUCUUUGUAUGUGGUCUUCUGUUUCCCGACUGAUCAAACUCAGGAGAAUCCACACAUUGUACAGCCAGUGUAUAUACAGUGCAGUAUUCACGCUAUGUGGGAGUGUCUACAUAAGCUUCUUAUUUUUUCUUGGGCUUUAUUGGAUUCACUCUCUGACUGGAAAGUUAGUGUCUUAAUUGAACUAUAUCGACAAUGUCGUUUUACAGUAUUCGUGAUUUUGUUGCUUAAUCACCUUUUGAGAACCGAAUUAUAUCUAUUUUCCCCUUAAGUUGUAUGUAGUGAUUUGUAGAAAACAUUUCAUUGACAUUGCUACAUCCAAGAUUGUAGAUAUUUAUUUAUAUUUAUAGACUGAAGAUACAAUGUAAUUUUUAUGCCAGUACAAUGUAAUAAAAUAUGUUAAACAAAAAUUA